AUGCAACCUAAUAGUAAUCGACCGGUCUACAUUGUUCAACCAUCAACUAUAACUCAUUUAAAUGUACGACCAACGAUUAUUACUACUGGUGGUCAACAAGUACAAACUCAACAACAACCAAUUUAUCAAAUUUCAACAGUACGGCAACCACCUAUACCUCAACAACAAUCAACACUCUAUCAAAUUCCAUCACAACCUCGUCUUGUUACUUCAUCACCUGUUUAUCCUGCUUUACAACAACAACGUUUUUCUACUUCACCACAACAAAUAAUAACAACAAAUACAAAUCUAUCACCUCGUCUUCUUACUCCUCAAUCAGUACCACGUAUGCCUAUUGUUGCAACACAACCAACUACAACUAUAUUACGACCAAGUUUAACUACAGUAUCUACAUCACCGAAAGUAACAUCAAUUCCAAUAUCAACAUCACCUACAAUAACAUCUGCUUCAACAUCACCACAAACUGCUGCAUCAACUUCUAAAGAUUUUUCUGUUAAAGUACCUAAAACUCGAGCUCAAUAUGGUAUUAUGGAAUUUGCAAGUGGUCUAUCAGUUGAUGUCAAAGAUUGGAAAGCUAUUGAAAUGAGACGUGAAAUAAAUCCAUAUACAUAUCGUCCAGCAACAAAUAUUGAUCCUAAUAUUUCAUCAAAUUCAUCAUCAAUUACAACAUCACUUGGUAUUGUUUUACCUAAAACUGGUGCAGGAAGUGAAUAUGGUCGUGAACAAAAAGAAGCAUUAAAACGAAAACGUUAUGCAACUAAAGGUACAAAUAUUGAAGAUCUUCCUUGGAUAUUUACGGAUCGUUCAUCAACAGAAAAAAAAUUAAAACAUUAUCGUGGAUUAAAAAAAGGUGGUGUUACAACAAAUUCAUCUUAUUAUGUAUUUAUACAAGGUAAAGAUGGUUUUGAAGCAUAUCCUGUUGUUGAUUGGUAUGGAUUUACACCAACAAAUGUUUAUAAAACACUUGAUUUUGAUGAAGCUGAAAAACAAUAUCAAGAACGACAUAAACAUUUAAGUAAAUGGUUUUUAAAACAUCAAGUUACAAAAGAAAAAGAUAAUGAAGAUAAUAUUGAAAAUGAUGAUGAAAAAGAAAAAAAAUCAACAAAUAAAAAUAAACGUUCAUUUAAAUUACUUGAUACAGAAGAUUGGAUUAAUGAAAAUGAAGAAGAAGAAGAUGAUGAUGAAGAACGAGAAGAUAAUAAUGAUGAUAAUGAUAAAUCAAAUAAAAAAUCGAAAACAAAUAAAAAAACUAGUAAAAAACCAAAAGAUGCAUGGACAUUAAGUGAUGACGAUGAUGAUGAAACAAAAGAAACAAAAUCUAAAAAGAAAAAAAUUAUUGAACGUCAAACAAGUGAACGUCAAGAAGAUUCAGAUGAUGGUGAUCAUGAAGCCGAUGAAAUUGAUUAUACAAGUGAUGAAACAUCUGAAGAAGAAGAAGAUGUUAAAGAUAGUACAUCAACGAAAUAUGAAGUUAAAGGUGUUGAUGAAGAAAUGAAAGCAAUACCAGAUAUAGAAAAAAAACUUGAACAAAUGGAUGAAAAUGCAGAUGAACUUGAUCUUGAUGAUGAUGAUGAAGAUAUUCCUGAUUUAGAUGAAAAUGAUGAAGAAAAUGGUAAAACAACAGCUGAUGAUUUUUCUGAUGUUGGAAAAUUACUUAAAAGUGAUGCAGUUAGUAAAGAAAUAGAAUCAAGUUCAGAUGAUGAUGAUCUUGAUGAUUCAGAUGAUCCUGAUAAAGAACCAAUCGAACCAAUAACUAGUUCUAUCAAUACUCAACCAAAUCCAUCAGAACAGAUUAAAACUGAAAAAGGUCAUAAGAAAGCAAGAGAAGAAGAAAUGCGAGCAAUAAAAUCAAAAGUUAUGUCAUUACCAAGUACACCAUCAAAUCCAAGUGAAACAAUUACUGAAGAUAAAGUUCGCAGUUUACUAUUACGAAAACAAUAUAUGACAUUUACAGAAUUAAUUCAAAAUUUUUUACCUAAAACAGAAAAUUUACGUACAAAAGAAAUAAAAGAAAGUAUUGUUCAAAAAUUAGCAACAAUUCUUAAACGUUUAAAUAUUGAAGAAAAAAUUAUUAAUAAUAAAAAACAUAUUAAACUUAAAAAUUAA